GAAAAAAAAUUCUAUUUCCCCUCCAAAAUUUGAGCGUGAGCGUUUCAUCGUAUCAGUGGAACUUGAUGACCUUCACUGCCACUUACUCUUUUCCUUUCUCCAUUGCUCCGCCUAUCGCGCUUUCUCGCCGCCAUUUUCCGGCGAUCGCCUCAUUCUCAAGCCCUAACAAUUCACCAAAUACUCUCUUCACCUACGCCGUUAAAUCCAAUCCUUGCCGGCGAUCUCCGAUCACCAUGUCGUCCUCCGAUGCUCGAUCAAAAUCUAUAGUGAACCAGCCGGAGCUUAGGGAACUCAAUGAAGAGUCUGAUUUCGAGAGUAUCGUCGCACCGGACGGCCGUAUAUCUAUAUGCGGCUUCGGUUCUCUCCUCUCUGAGAGAAGCGCGAGGAGUACAUUUCCGGAUCUUAUCAACUUCAGAGUCGCAAGAUUGAAUGGCUUUCGUCGCGUAUUCGCACAUGCCGCUCCCAUUUUCUUCGAGCGCGGCAUAGCGAAGCCGGAAACCAAGGAAAUCUCGAGCUUAAGUGUUGAGCCUUGUGAAGGAGAGACACUGAUAGUAACAGUAUUUGAAAUCUCAAAAUCCGAUAUCCCGGCAUUUCUUGAGAGGGAGCUUGAAUUUCGAUUCCUUGCCGUUCUGCCUGAAACACUAGAUGAGAAGCCAUUUGAUAAGCUAGCGGUGCUUUGUGCUCGUUAUAGCGACGAAGAAUUCCUCCGGAUCAGAUGUAAAGGAAGCAAGGACAUCUAUUUUCAACAAUAUGGGCGAUAUGGCAUUGAUAAGAUUUGGCAAGACGAUAUCUUACCAUGUCGUGCUUAUCUCCGGCACUGUGUGUUAGCGGCCAAAAAUCUGAGUGAUGCAGCAUAUAACAACUUCUUAGAUCACACUUUCCUUGGAGACCGUAAAACAACCAUCCGUGAGUACCUAGCUACAACAGGUUCAGGCAUCAUGGAAGAGGAGCCCCCAGAAUCCCUUAAGACUCGGUAUGGUGGCUGAAAUUUAUAAAAUCUAUGAUACGAACCAUUUAUUUUCCAAAGCUCUUCCAACUCAUUGCCCAUGAAAAAUCUACUAGCAUUAAUCCGUACAUUAAUUAUAAUAUAAUAAACCAAUUGUCUACAUUUUAUUCACGGAAUCAUAUGCUAGUAUUGUUGUAAUUUUCAGUAGCUCUAUUCUCACUUUAUUCCUUCAUUCCUCUUAAAGUGUGGUACUCUUUUACAUUAUCAUUAAUAAUACGAAGUCAUAAACUUAGACUCA